CUUCAUUCUGUCAGAAUCGUAAAUAAAAUCAAAAUUAACCGUAUAUUAUAAAUAAUGUAUUCAACUCACCGGUGAGAACCUGUCUUCUUCUGCAUUUAAGAGAUCACCUACAGAAGAUGCCUUGGCCUGAGAGGCGAGAUGUCUCCUACUAUUCAGGACAUAGGACAACUCAUCCAGCUGGAGCGCGACUGGCGGUCCGACGUAUUACUGCAGCUGCCCGAGGUCACAGAUUAUGAAUACGAAGAUAGUGAUGGAAUCACCGAGGCGAUCUGGUUCUGUGUCACCAAGAAGGAAAUCAGCCAGACCAAUUUAUCGUCCAAGUGCUGUAUCAGAUUUGAUAACAUAUGCGGAUUAUGAAGACAGUAACAUGAUAAGUUCUAUUCCCGAGCGGGACUGGCGUCUGUUGGCAGCUUUAGCAAGAAAGAGAGAGGAGAAUGCUGAGAGAGACAGACUGGCAGAUGAGUUCCAUAAGAUGUGGCGAGAGGAGAAACGGGAAAGAGAAAUGAUAGAAGCGCAGACGUCGGAACAAUUCAAACAAUAUAUUAAGGAGAAACGUCGCCAGGAGCGGUGUCUGGGCGAGCUGGUGCAAGGUCGGCGGCGUCUGCACCAGCACGCGCUGCGAGGACAACUUCUUGACUGCAUUCGGUACAAGGAUCAUCGUGCCAAGGAGUUGAUGGCUUUCCAUGAUGAUAGAAAGGUGAGCAGAAUAAUAGACAACGCGCUGGAGGAGGAAUCCCGCGCGUAUCUCGCAGCAGACCGGCGGUCGCGGCAACACGCGGCCGAGCACUGCCGGCGCAGCGUGCAGUUUAUACAUGCGUUACAGAGGGAAGAGGAAGCUAAUAAAAGAAGGAAUGCUUUGCUUAGAGAUACUUCACAGCGUGUAGCGAUAUCAAACGCACUUAGCUCGUGGGAAUCAUCGUUAUUACGUCAGGAAGUGGCGGCGGAGGACGCGUACAGACGUGCGCACGCGAUGGCGCGUGUGGCGCAGACUGACGCCCGCGCGACCCGAUUGGCGCGCGAGCGUGACGUCAGAGUGCGCCGAGCACGCCGAUUGGCUGAUUUCACUGAGAGACUCAGAGACGCUGUCAAAAUUGGACAGAUGUAAAUUAAAAAAUUUAUAUUUUCAUUUGGAAAAUACCAAAUUUCUAAGAAAUCAAGAAUAAUUAUAAGUUAAAUACUAGGUUAGGACAAAGAAAGAAUGUACAAGAAGCUCAUCGUUUAAUCUGUUUAGGAGAAAAAGGUUAAAAUUACAGUCUCUUUUACUAAUAACUUAAAUAAGUUUGUUGUUUAA